CUGCAAAUGCCCUUUCCGUGGCAAACUCCGUCGCGGUGAGAUCGGCCACGUGAGCUCCGGGUGGACCUCAGAAGCGGGAAGAUGGCCACGGUCGUGGCCGGUGGGAGUGGACUGGCAAGUCGGCGGCCGUCCCCCGACUCCCUCUCAAACACAGUAGUUACUAGGAAAGUGAAAGGAGGACACAUAGAUGUGCAUCCGUCGGAAAAGGCACUCAUUGUUCACUAUGAAGUGGAAGCUACCAUUCUUGGGGAAAUGGGGGAUACCAUGUUGGGCGAACGGAAGGAAUGUCAAAAAAUCAUUCGUCUGAAGAGCCUCAAUGCAAACACCGAUAUCAAUUCUCUGGCUCGGAAGGUGGUGGAGGAAUGUAAGCUCAUUCAUUCCUCCAAACUAGCAGAAGUGGAACAGCUGUUGUACUACCUGCAGAACCGCCGAGAUGCCGUUUCAGGUAAAGAGAAAAAGGAGAAAUCCACCAAGCCAAAAGAUCCACCGCCCUUUGAGGGAACAGAGAUCGACGAACUUGCCAAUAUCAACGACAUGGACGAGUACAUUGAGUUGUUGUAUGAAGAUAUCCCUGACAAGGUGCGGGGCUCUGCUCUUAUCCUGCAGCUCGCCCGGAAUCCCGAUAACCUGGAAGAACUACUUCUCAAUGAAACUGCCCUCGGUGCAUUAGCCAGAGUACUGAGAGAAGACUGGAAGCAAAGUGUGGAAUUGGCUACUAACAUAAUUUAUAUUUUCUUCUGCUUUUCCAGUUUUUCCCAGUUUCACGGAUUAAUCACUCACUAUAAAAUUGGAGCGCUGUGUAUGAAUAUCAUCGACCACGAGUUGAAAAGACACGAGCUCUGGCAGGAGGAGCUCUCGAAGAAGAAGAAAGCUGUGGAUGAAGAUCCUGAGAACCAAACCCUGAAAAAGGAUUAUGAAAAAACAUAUAAGAAGUACCAGGGGCUGGUGGUGAAGCAGGAGCAGCUCUUACGAGUUGCUCUCUAUUUGCUUCUGAACCUCGCUGAAGAUACCCGGACCGAACUGAAGAUGAGAAACAAAAACAUAGUUCACAUGCUAGUGAAGGCACUAGAUCGGGACAACUUCGAGCUCCUUAUUCUGGUGGUGUCUUUUCUAAAGAAACUGAGCAUUUUUAUGGAGAACAAGAAUGACAUGGUGGAAAUGGAUAUUGUGGAAAAACUAGUGAAAAUGGUACCUUGCGAGCAUGAAGACCUGUUGAACAUAACCCUCAGGCUUCUACUAAACCUCUCGUUUGACACCGGCCUAAGGAAUAAGAUGGUGCAAGUCGGACUGCUCCCCAAACUCACGGCACUUCUAGGAAACGAAAACUACAAGCAGAUAGCAAUGUGUGUUCUCUACCACAUAAGUAUGGAUGACCGUUUCAAGUCGAUGUUUGCUUACACUGACUGCAUACCACAGCUAAUGAAGAUGCUCUUCGAAUGCUCAGAUGAACGCAUUGACCUGGAGCUGAUUUCCUUCUGCAUUAAUCUUGCCGCCAACAAAAGGAAUGUCCAACUUAUCUGUGAGGGAAAUGGAUUGAAGAUGCUCAUGAAGAGAGCCCUGAAGUUCAAAGAUCCACUGUUGAUGAAGAUGAUUAGGAACAUUUCACAGCACGAUGGGCCAACGAAGAAUCUGUUUGUGGAUUAUGUUGGAGAUCUCGCAGCCCAAAUCUCUAAUGAUGAAGAGGAAGAAUUUGUAAUCGAAUGCCUGGGAACACUUGCGAAUCUGACCAUACCUGACUUGGAUUGGGAACUUGUACUCAAGGAAUACAAGCUGGUCCCGUACCUUAAGGAUAAACUGAAACCAGGUUCUGCGGAAGAUGACCUCGUUUUAGAAGUGGUUAUAAUGAUUGGAACCGUAUCCAUGGAUGAUUCGUGUGCAGCACUGUUAGCCAAAUCGGGGAUCAUUCCAGCCCUCAUUGAAUUGUUGAACGCUCAGCAAGAAGAUGACGAAUUUGUGUGCCAGAUUAUCUAUGUCUUCUAUCAGAUGGUCUUCCACCAAGCCACUCGAGAUGUCAUCAUUAAAGAGACACAGGCUCCAGCUUAUCUUAUAGACCUGAUGCACGAUAAAAAUGCCGAGAUCCGUAAAGUCUGUGAUAAUACAUUAGAUAUUAUAGCGGAAUAUGAUGAAGAAUGGGCUAAAAAAAUCCAGAGUGAGAAGUUCCGCUGGCACAACUCCCAGUGGCUGGAGAUGGUGGAAAGUCGCCAGAUGGAUGAGAAUGAACAAUUUUUGUAUGGGGAUGAUGGGAUUGAGCCAUAUAUCCACGAAGGCGAUAUUCUAGAGAGGCCAGACCUUUACUACAGCUCCGAUGGACUUCUGGUCCCUGAAGGAACAGUGAGUCCUGAGUUCUUCAAUGAAUUUCACCUGCAAAAUGGAGAUCUGGUGGGGCAGCACUCAUUCCCAAGCAGCAGCUUUCCCCCAAGGAUGUCGAAGGGCUUUACAAGCACUAACUAAGCCUCCCAAACACCCCUGCCAGCUUUAACCUCGGAGUGGAUGGUUUUGGCCAGCCAGUCGACAUUCCGGGACGCCCUCCCACAGCGUAUGGAUUUCGCCCCGAUGAACCGUACUACUACGGCUAUGGAGCUCGAUAAAGCUACCCGCUCCCCAGUACCCCUUUUGCUCUUUCCCCGGUAGCAUACUCUGUGCGUGUUUGCGUGUUUAUGUGUAUUUGUGACUAUCCGACUUUGGACCUUGAUCUGGUAAUGCAUGCUGAUACCAUGUAGGUCUGCUUGAUGUUUUCCUUUUCCAGGGUGUCAGCCGCGGGAUGAGCCGGGGCCCUUCUCUCUCUUGUUAGUCCUGCCGAAGGUGACCCCGCUCACCCGUUAGGUGGAUGGAGUCGUCUGUCUCUUGAGGCAGUCCGGAAUUUACCGCGAGACUUGAAAAUGAAUGCUAAGAAGCGCCCAGACUGGAAAGCAAACCCUAGUGUAUGUCUAUUGAGCGGCUAAUUUAAUUUCUAUUAAAGACAUGAGGCACCCGGUGAUGCUGAUGACUAA